AUGGCUACAAUAUCCGAAAUAUCUCUGCCUCCACUUGAAAACAUACUCGAAGGCCAUUCAGUAGAUAUCGAUACCGAGUGUUUUCACGAUAGUCCGAAAUCAACUCAUCCUCUUUCUCCAGGGAGAAGAGGGAUUCUAGUUGCUAUCAUCCUUUUCGAAUGCUUCUUCGCCCCAGUCAAUAUUUUCGUCUUCCUCCUCUGGCUCCUCCUAUUUCCUGUCGGUCUUAUUUUGAGUACUGGAAUGAAUUCUCUGGGAAUCUUGGACAUCACCGAUCACUCAGGAGCGCGCUCUGGCACCUGGAUGCUGUAUACUCAUGUUUUACUUCUUCUCGUCGAUUCUUCAGAUAUCUUCAACUCUUCUUCCUCAAUGGAUUCCGAUAAUCCUGGACUGUGGACUCGGUCUUAG